UCGAACCGCGCAUACAAAUUAGUCACUUUUGCCGGCUGUUAUGGACCAUACAGGUGAAAUUCUGACCUUCCAGUUUGGAACUUACGCGAAUUAUGUGGGUGCCCAUUUCUGGAACCAACAGGAGGCGAACUUCAGGUAUGGAGACGAAAGCAACCAGGUGGUCGAGGAACAGCUGCCGAACAAUGAUGUAUUGUACCGGGAGGGGCUGAAUGCCCUCAAUCGCACCACCUACACGCCCCGCCUACUGUCCGUUGACUUGGCCGGAACUCUGGGACACCUUCCUGUCACCGGCGAGCUAUACGGUAAUUUCGUGCAAAGGGAUGAGGAACUGCUACCCCUGGGCACCGGCGAGGAACUGCAACAGGCUCGCCAGCGGGCUGAGGAAAGCGGUGUGUUCCCCUCGCAUCAGCUUGAAGUGCAGGAGCAGCCGCAGGCCGCCAUUUGCGAGUAUCAGCGGGAUUUACUGAAGAACUCCGUGGCGCCCGAGAAGAACUAUAAGCUGGCAGAGACGGCAAACAGUUGGGCAGACUUCCUCUACGCUCGGUACCAUCCGCGAACCCUGAAUGUGUUACCGGGCCUGGUGAGGGAUCCGACUGUCCAGACGUUGGGAACCUACUCCGCCGGAAUAGAAUUGUGGCAGGAAGCUGCCUUCAACGAGGAGUUUAAUGAUCGUAUCCGCUUGUAUGUGGAGGAGUGCGACGGCCUGCAGGGCUUCCAUGUGGUAUUUGACAUUGACGAUGGUUUCGGCGGUCUGGCCGGGAAGUGCCUGGAGCACCUGAACGACGAGUACAGUCGGGCAAGCUUUGUGGUGCCGCUGCAUUAUCCCAAGAUCACUAGUUAUGCUCAAGCCGAUACCCGUUUGUCGCACAGCAUCCGUGUGGUGAACAGUGUGAUGAGCUACCAUAAUCUAAGCGAGCAGGCGUCGAUGUUUACACCACUGUCCACUCUGGAAAGCAUCUGGAGGAAUAAUAAUCUCAAGUCGCGCAGCCUGCCGGGACUUCAGUGGCAGGUAGAAAAUCUUUACCAGACAUCGGCACUGCUAGCUGGCUUUUUGGAUACGGCCACCUUGGGUUACCGUUUGCGACAAACUCCAGAGUCUCUGCUACGCUUUUGCGAACGUGUUUCUCCUUCGGGUCGGAAGAUGACUGCCGCAGGAGUAGCUCUGCCAUUCGGCCUGAGGGAGGGUCAGGAUCUGAUAGAGUUUCUGGACCAGAGCGGAGACCAUGCGCUACUGACACAACUCACGCCCGGUUGUGAACCGGGCACCUCAUAUGUGGUGCAAUCAGUCAUGGCUCGUGGCAUUCCCGCAGAGCGUUUAAAGCGCCCCAGGGAGCAGGCUGGCGAACAACUGCGGAUGGCUGCCUAUGGGUGCGACAGUGUCUCCCACAUGCUGCAGCUAUACUACCAGUGCAGCUAUCAUGGCAGUGUCACGAAUGCAGCAGCCACACCUCUGCCACUAAAGACGCAACUGCCAUUUCCUUAUGAGAUUUUUGAAAGCAGCAUUUCUAGCGAUGGCUUCCGCCUGCCAGUCGGAGCAGAACGUGAGUCGGGUUCUCGUGUAGAUUCCGCUCCUAUGCUAGCCGCCUUGCAGAACUCUACCAAGCUUGGCGAGCAUCUGGAUAAUUUGCACGCCCAGACACAUCGGGUGCAGUUGGCCAAAUUGCAAGCAUACUCUAAUUCUGGCUUGGAGCGCGAUGAGUACGAAGCGUCGUUGGAUCAGCUGCUCGAGUUCCGUGACCUUUAUGCAGACUCGCAAUACCUAUAGAAUGGUGGUACUCCACUAGGAGGAACAAAACUUUGUGAUAAGCCCUAGGAUAAUUCACUCAAUAAACACUUUUUCAUUUACAUUAAUACUAAGGAUAUCGCUAUUAUUUAUGAGCCCUUCUAUGUAAUUCACUGUUUUUGUGUAUUUAAAUGGUUUUACUUUGCAUUAAAAAUCAGCAAGAAUUAUUUUUAUAAAA